UAUCCGUUCGUUUUCGUAUCGUUAUUUAUACAAAUAUAUUGUAUCUCUCUUUAAAACAAAAAUGUCCUCCAUGACAGACGACUUGGACUGGCAGUUAAAUAAAACCCUGCCAGAAUGCAUGUUGUAUAUGUUGGAACAUGAAAUAAUGUGUGACAUUUCCUUUCGAGUUGGUCCAGAACAUAGAAUACUGAAAGCUCAUAAAUAUAUGCUGUGUAGCCGAAGUCCUGUUUUCUAUAUCAUGAUGCAAGGUUCCUUGCCUGAAACAGACGAUAUAGAUGUCCCGGAUGUUGACGCCGAAACUUUCCGUGUCCUAUUGGAACAUAUUUAUAGUGACAGUGUAGCAAUACCAAAAGACAAAGUAAGUAAAGUACUGUAUGCAUCAGAGAAGUAUAUGCUUCCCAAGCUGAAAUGUGCAUGUGAACAGUUACUACAAACCCUAGCCACGUCAUCUGACGCACCUAUUGUACUUCAGACAGCUCACUCCUUCAACAUGACAGAUUUACUACAUGAGAGUUUACAACAUAUACUACAAUCUCCCAAACAAUGCUUGAAUUCUGAAGACGCAUUGAAUAUGUCUGCUGAUUGCUUGGAAAUGAUAUUGAGUUCGGACGAAUUGAUGCUUUCGGAGGCGGCAGUAUUUACUUUUCUUUUACAAUGGGCUACAUAUCGUUGUAUGACAAGCGACCUGGAGAUAAGUGACCAGGAUAUACGAGAGACAAUGAGUAGUCUUCUUUACUGCGUGAGAUUUCCGUGUAUGGAACAAGAUUUUUUUACCACAGAAGUGUCAACCAAAGACAUUUUAUCAAAAGACGAAUUGUUGUCAAUCUAUCGAUCUUUUAAUGGCAUAAAAAGUGAAAUAUUUUCGGAAUUGAAGAGGAAGGAACCGGUCGCUAACAGAGUUAUUCGUUAUAGUAGCCUUUCUUCAACUGGUUCCUGGAUAAGCAAUGAACAAGAUGCAGUCACACUUACAUGUAGCAAACCAGUAUUUCUGAAAAGUAUUCUCUCCUUCGGAACAAAGGCUGCAACUGCUUGUCUGUCACCUGGUGUUGAAAUUCGAGAUAGCACUGGGGCAGUUUUGUCGAGUGUUCAGAGAGACAUAUCCGUUGGCUUUUGUGAAACAUUUGAUAUAGAUUUUCCUCAACCUGUGCAUUUAAUGGCGAAUGUGAUGUACACUGUAAUUUCAAAGGGUGUUUCUAGGAAUGUGUACUAUGGAGAUAAUUGCAAGAACGUUGUCAAUGUCAAAGACAUGACUUUCACAUUUGGAGAUUCAAUUCAAAGCAAAACGGCUACAUCAGCUGUCUUCGGACAAAUAGCUGGCUUUACUUUUCAUUUGUAGUAUCUUCAUUGUAUAUUAUGUAUAUGUUUAACUGCUUUACAUAUUAUUCAUUGCAUAUUCUAUAUUAUGAGUGUUAUCAAAAGUUCACAGCACAUUCUCGAUGUGACAAUUUAACAUUUUACAAUAUUAUUUGGUAUAUUUUUUUUUGCAUAUAGUGAUGACAGUGAUUGUUUCUAACAUUGGCUUAUAUUUCUUGGUGAAAAAUAUUUAUUCUACAUACAUGACAUGUUAUAGAUAUUUAUAUAAUUAUAGCCUAUGUAUGAGGUUGAUACGACGAUAUAUUGAUCUGAAAGAAGUAUAUGGACUUAGGACGAAGUCCGAGGUCGAUAUACUUCUUUAGGUCGAGAUAUCCUCGUAUCGACCUGGUACUUAGGCUACGAUUGUUAUGUUAUUAUUGCCAAUAAGCCAGAAGUAGAGCACCAUUUCAUUUAAUUGGUUGUUUCGAUUGUGUCAGAUAUUCUAAAUAUAACAGUGCAAUAUCCCUUUUCUAUCUGCUGUUUUCAGUCUACAUUUGAAAAUAUAGUCGAACAUGUGACUCUUCCUAAACGAAUCAAAUUAGUUAGAAUAUACAUAAUAAUUAUAUCCAUGUACAAUGUAACUACUAAUAUAUGAAAAAUACAUCACUGUCACUGCUGUUACUAGUAAGGGGAUCAUCUAUACCUUUACUGUAGCAAUGAAGGAGGAAAGUGUCAGAUUUGUACAGAACAUGUUAUCUUUUACACAUAAUUGUGAUGGCAUUUUAAGUGAAGAACAACUCUGCUUUAAUUGCAAGCUAUGAAUCGAAAUUUUAUGAGAUUAUUCAGUAUAGUUAAAAUACUGUUGUAUGGUGUGAUAUGAUGAUUUUAAAUUUGAAGAUUUUUAUAUACAUGCAUCAAAAGUUAUACUUUUUAAGGAUUGCAUGACCUGCAAAUACAUAUUGUUUUAUUGUUAUUUUCUUGUUUUGAUUCCCAUUGUGUUAUUAUCUUAUAUUUUUAUACUAUCUUAAUCGGAUAUGAUAUACUUUUUGUUACGAUGGAAUGUUCUUCGCCUGUGUGGUAAUAUGUCUGUAUUUGUCCCAGCAUAUAUAUAAUAUCAAUUUCACGCCCCUUUCGAUUUGAUAGUUUAUGCUUACUUUAUAUUUUAUCAAUAUACUAUUUAUGAGAAUUUAUCACACGCUUCCUCUACAAUUUAAUAUUGUAUGUUGACGGCCCCUAACUCUCAGGCUAAAUAGUUUUCUUUUCUUUGAAUAUUUAUUAAAUGCACUCGUUUUCUCCCAUGUAUUGUACUUACUUACAAACAAAAUUGUAAACAUUUUAAAUUAUAUAUUUUGUAUGUCGUUGUGUUGGUUAUAUUGCGAUGUUAAUAUUAUACUACUCAGUACUAUUUACUUAUUUACUUAUUUACAAAUAUUUUAUUUGUUGUUUUUGCUGAUAUUACGUCUUUGCACUAUUGAUUUUCCAUUCGAAAUAUGCUUUUAUGUUUAGUUUGAAGUUAGUCGCAUUUUAACAUGUAUGUGUUGAUGUUUGAAACAAUAAAAGUUUAAUGGAA